GUUUUUUUUAAAGGCUUUUUUUCUUCAGGCGACAUAGAUAUAUCGAUCAACUCGUUUUGAUUAUCCAUCUUAGUUCGUCCUUUCAAGUUAAUUUCUGUUUUCUGCUUUAAUGGAGCAAAUCCACCUAAAUUUUCUGCUCCUGCGUCUGGCAUAGGAAUAUCCUCAUUAUACGUCUCCAUUUCUGACUAAAAAAGAACUGUUAGUACAACUCUUUUUUAUUGAACAUGAAAAGCAAAAAAGAAUUGAUUCCAGUUACCCUUACAUACAGGAUAUCAUGAAUUUUCUUCCAAGUAUACAACAACACCGAAAGAGAAGUAGAACCAAAUCCUAUUCUAGGAUAAAAACCUCGCUAAUAAAACUAAUGAACAAAAAAAAACAUGUAUAUUUACGAAAAAGGGAAUGGAAGAGGGCUUUCGCAAAAACUUGAGGAUGGAGGACGAAACAAAGUCUUUGCAAGAUGAAUAGCACUAGCUAUAGAAAUGCGUUUUAAGGAUUCUGAAAACCAUUGGUAAGGAUAAAACAUGGUUUCAAUAGAAAAUAAAAAAGCUUAAUCCUGUUUGAUGAUCACUACUUGUUUUGUUUGUUUACUACGAUGUAAACAAACGAAGAACUCAAAAAAGCAAACGAAUUAUUCUUUGAAAUUCCUAAAAAGGGCUCUGUGAAAAAGGAAUACGAAAACCAUCCUCUUUGUACAAAACAAUUGGAUUUGCUUGAGCGUUAGAUUCUCUUAAGAGAGCCUGUUUCUUCAGAGAGGGUAUAGGAAACCAGAUUUUGAGAAAAUGUCAUUGUCUAUGAUCUAUUAAACAAGGAAUUUUUCAGAUUGUUACGGGUGAAAGUUUCGUUAAUAGUUUCCAAAAGUAAACAAAGGAUGUUUACAUUUACAACUCGACACUAUACAAGGCUACAUCUACAACUGAACAGGAAAUCAUCAAGAUGCUUUUGUUUUAUCUUCUGCGAUCCAUCUUAAUAGUGAUUAACAUGCUGAAUCUGCCACGCAAAGCUCAUUGCGCUAAGGGGGAUUUUUGGAGAAGCAAAGCAGAGCUUGAAGCGAGCGAAAAAGCAAAUGAAGAAAACAGAUAUCGUAUCUCUUCUUUUUGGUCUGUAGUUACCAAAAUGGAAGACCGAUCUCUGACUGGUUUAGACGGUCGAUACAUUGUUUUAGACAAUGAUAAACUAUACUUAGCACCUCUGACAAGAAAUUCCGAAAAGAUGGUAUUUAGAUUCAAUCUACAUCAUCGCGGAUUUCUGGAAAUUAAGAGUGGAAAACGUGCCUACAUUCCAGAAAAAUACGGGCCUUUGAUAUAUCAUUCAGAUCAUUGGACAAAUGGGUUCUCCAUUGAUGUGCAAAAAGAAGCCCAAGUUUCCUCUUACACACCAUUUGUGUUACAAUACCUCAAUUCUCCAUGGUUUUCAGCCUGCAAAGUAAGCCCCGGAACAUGGCAGGUGUUUGUAGGCAAAAUGAAUGAGCUGGAGCAUGGGAUCUGCUACCCAAUGCAAUUGAUAAUGAAACGAGAAGAUACCUGGUUACGAUUCAGUUUUAGUCACCGCAAGAAUCCGCUGGAUUGGAUUCUCGUACAAGAGUAUACAUAUUGGCCAGACGGUAAGCCAGGAACAGGCUCAGAAUCUGCCAAGGGUAGUAGCUUUGGAGUCAAACGAUAAAUACAAUUUUACCAACCGUUUAAGACUGUAAGGGAACGACGACUUUACCAGAAUCUACUACCUCUAAUUUCUGAAUCCAGAUACUGUUUGCUAGCAAUCUUUCAACAAAUUUUAUCCAAAAUAAAUCAAGUGAUAGUGG